AAUAAAUAAACAAGAAAUUGUUACAUCUCAGGAAGCGUUUUUUCCCCUGAACGUAGUAGAAGCUCUCCUCUCCCUCCACGGAUCCCCAGAAUCACAUCAGCGAAACCCUAAUUCUUUCCUCUGAAACUCUUUUUAUCCGUCUUCGAUUGUGUCGUUUUUUCCCUUCUUCUUUGAUUAUUGUGCUUGACGUCUAGGAAGAAAGUUGAUUUCUUUAUUUAUUUGCCUUCCAUACUCAGUCGAUUAGGGGGGUUUUGUUUGUAUGGUUCUGUAAAAUCAAGGUUUUGUGAACGAAUAGAUAGGGGUUUCAGGUAUGAGAUUUGAUGGAUGAACGAUGCCGGAACUGCGUAGCGGAGUGCGCAGGGGCCGGGCAGCAGCACAGCCAAAUGCGAUCGGAGGGGAGAAAGUGAUUCCCAAGACCAGAAAGAGGCGAACUGCAAAGAACAAGCAGCCGAUCGAUGAAAAUAUUGUGAAAGGCACUGUUCCGUCUCCAUCAUUACAAGCUAAGGAGGAGGAGAAGGUUCUAGAAGAAGGCGGAGUCGCCGGAGGAGUCGGCGGCGAUCUUGUUGGAUUGGUUCGCGCCGAGGAGGAAGGGGUAGGAGAAAAGCAGAUGGACGAUUACGAUAGCGGAGCGAGAAGCGCUGACAAGGCUCCUGGAGCGGAAGAUGAAGGGAGCACCGCUCCGCUUCCUGAAAAGGUCCAAGUAGGUGGUUCCCCAGUAUACAGAAUAGAAAGAAAGUUGGGCAAAGGAGGAUUUGGACAAGUUUAUGUUGGUCGUCGCAUUUCGGGUGCAAGUACAAAUGAUAGAACUGGGCAAGGAGCUGUUGAGGUGGCAUUAAAGUUUGAGCACAGAAGUAGCAAGGGAUGUAAUUAUGGACCACCCUAUGAGUGGCAAGUGUACAACACCCUUGGUGGUAGUCAUGGUGUGCCCAGAGUACACUACAAGGGCCGGCAAGGUGACUAUUAUGUCAUGGUUAUGGAUAUGCUGGGACCAAGUUUAUGGGAUGUCUGGAACAACAAUUCACACACGAUGUCCAUCGAAAUGGUUGCAUGUAUUGCAAUUGAAGCAAUAUCAAUAUUGGAAAAGAUGCAUUCCAGAGGCUAUGUGCAUGGGGAUGUAAAACCUGAGAACUUUUUACUUGGCCCCCCAGGGACUCCUGAGGAGAAAAAACUAUUCCUUGUUGAUCUUGGAUUAGCCACUAGGUGGCGGGACAAUUCAACAGGUCAACAUGUUGAAUAUGACCAACGACCAGAUGUUUUUAGGGGAACAGUUCGAUAUGCCAGUGUGCAUGCUCAUCUGGGACGGACUGGAAGCAGGCGAGAUGACUUAGAGUCGCUUGCUUACACUCUUAUUUUCCUUCUCCGCGGUCGUUUACCUUGGCAAGGAUACCAAGGUGAGAAUAAAGGGUUCCUUGUGUGCAAGAAGAAGAUGGCAACAUCUCCAGAGACACUCUGUUGUUUUUGCCCAGCCCCCUUCAGACAAUUUGUUGAGUAUGUUGUGAAUCUCAAAUUUGAUGAGGAACCAAACUAUGCAAAAUACAUUUCCCUUUUUGAUGGGAUUGUUGGGCCAAAUCCAGAUAUUAGGCCGAUUAACACUGAUGGUGCACAGAAGCUUAUCUAUCAGGUUGGCCAUAAGAGAGGGCGGCUGACAAUGGAGGAAGAGGAUGAUGAGCAACCAAAGAAGAAGGUCCGGAUGGGGAUGCCUGCAACACAAUGGAUUAGUGUGUAUAAUGCUAGGCGGCCUAUGAAGCAACGGUAUCACUAUAAUGUGGCAGAUGCAAGGCUUGCACAGCACAUUGAGAAGGGAAAUGAAGAUGGGCUAUUUAUAAGCAGUGUGGCAUCAUGUUCAAAUCUAUGGGCCCUUAUUAUGGAUGCAGGCACUGGUUUCACUGCUCAAGUUUAUGAGCUUUCACCUUGUUUUCUUCACAAAGAAUGGAUUAUGGAGCAGUGGGAGAAGAACUAUUACAUUAGUGCAAUAGCAGGAGCUAAUAACGGAAGUUCGUUAGUAGUAAUGUCUAAAGGUACGCAGUAUGCUCAGCAGUCCUACAAAGUUAGUGAUUCAUUCCCAUUCAAGUGGAUAAACAAAAAAUGGAGAGAAGGUUUUUAUGUCACCUCCAUGGCCACUGCAGGAAGUAGAUGGGGAGUUGUUAUGUCCCGUAGUGCUGGAUUUUCAGACCAGGUUGUUGAGCUAGAUUUUCUGUACCCUAGUGAAGGUAUCCAUCGGAGGUGGGAUAGUGGCUAUCGUAUCACAGCAACUGCUGCAACUUGGGACCAGGCUGCCUUUGUUCUUAGUGUGCCUAGAAGGAAGCCUGCUGAUGAAACUCAGGAGACACUUAGGACUUCUGCUUUUCCUAGUACACAUGUCAAGGAUAAAUGGGCUAAAAAUCUUUAUAUUGCGUCUGUUUGCUAUGGCCGGACAGUUUCAUGAGCUUCCAAAUUUUGUUUAUUUGUGGUGAUGCUUUGAGACAUCAUUUUUGAAGAUACAUGGUUCUGUCACGUGCAAGCCAACUCUUACAACCGUACCACUAUGUUGGGAAGCGUGAAAUCUUUUGUUUUCUGUAGCCAAAUUGCUUGUUGUGGCAUCCAGGCUAGAAAUUUUGAUGUGAACCUUUACUUAACUGUAUGUCAUUGCCAUCUCAGCUGCUACUAACACCUUGUGCAGUGUCCAUGUCAAGUGUCUGGAGAUGCUUUUUGCGCUAAAUGUUCGUUAUCUAAAGUCUUAGGGGAUGGUGGGCUAUCUUGCUAAUUGGUAAAUUUGUAUAGUGUUGAAUAAUGAUUACUUGAUUGAAGGCAUAUGCACAGGUCAUGUUUUGAUUACUUGUAGUGGUUGAACACAUUCCAAGAAGUGUGCAUUCUAUGACAUGUCAUUGGACCUGAUCGUUUUUAUCAUGAGUGACUAUGAGUUCCAGUUAUCUUUUCCUUUC